AUGGCUUUCGACAAUGCUAGAAUCGCCAUCGUGGGAGGAGGCCUUGGUGGCAUGGCCUUUGCCAAUGCUGCUCUUCACGUCGGCCUCACCAAUAUCGACCUGUACGAACAAGCAGCGCAAUUCACCGAGGUCGGGGCCGGGGUCAAUAUAAGCCGAAAUGCCAACCGGAUCUUGGAUGCCUUUGGCUUGAAAGACUCGAUGCUAUGGAAGUCUUCGCGCAACCCACCCUGUUACAUGGAGUAUCGCCAGUAUAAGACUGGAGAGUAUCUAGGUCAGAUCGAUGAAUUUGGACAGCCUGCCUCUCGGCAAAUUCACCGAGCCCAUCUCCUGGAUGUGCUAAAGGAGCGAAUUCCCGAACCGAUUCUACAUACCGGCAAAAAGCUCGUCUCGCUGGAGUACACCGGCUCCGAAUAUCAGCUCACCUUUGACGACAACUCGGUUGCCACGGCCACCAUCGUUAUUGGCUGCGACGGUAUCAAAUCGGUAGUGAGACGACAUCUGGGCAUUACCGAUUCUCCCAUCUACUCCGGGCAGGUGGUUUACCGCGGCUAUGUUCAGUAUGGCGAUCUGUCGCCUGAAGCAGCAGAGAUCUUCCGCAAAACAGUGGUUUACCGCGGCCACCGGAAGCACAUUCUGACCCUACCUAUUGGAAACGAUGAAUCCAAAACUGCCCAGAUUGGUGUCAUUGGCUUCAUGAGCGAGCCAAUCAGUGACUGGAAAUCUGAGAGCUGGAUGGCGACGGCGCCUAUCGAUGAGCUGCAAGAACAUUGCAGCGACUGGGCCGGGCCGAUCCAGGAGCUCAUCCAGGGGCUUCGCAAAUCGGCUCCAGAUGGCAGAAUGUUGAAGCAAGCCCUCUAUGUCCGAGCUCCAGUCGAUACCUGGUUCCACGUCGAGGAGUCCAAUCAUUCGCACGGUAUCGUGCUAGUUGGUGAUUCCGUUCAUUCAACAUUACCACAUCAAGGCCAAGGCACGUGUAUGGCCAUCGAGUCAGGUAUCACGCUUGCCACUAUCCUGAAGAGAUGGAGAGCUGGUGAUGAUCUCAACGCAGCCUUUCAACUAUACCAAGAUAUUCGCAAACCUCGGACGGAUAAGGUUACCCAGACAAGCUACGAAGCUGGAUUGUUGGCAUCGGCAGACUUACCUGAAGGCUUCACAGAAAACUUCAAGCCCGAGUUGUUGAAGGAGAGGAUGAAAUGGAUCAUGGAGGCGGAUAUUUUGGAGGAACUCUACCAACGAGGUGCACCCUAUUUCGAACCCAAGAGUUCGGAUAGUGACGCCAGCUCUGGUCCGGUGCAAGCUAACUUAUGA